AUGAAGCUGGCGGCGGAUCCAGCGCUUCCGGGGCUCACGGCGGAGACGUUGCCAUUCAGCGCCACCGCCAUCUUCGCGGGGUGGUUGGUGGGCUCGGUGAGCCUGAAGCAAGCCCUGGAGAUGCUGAGCAAAGCGCAGUUCCUCGCCAUCUCCUCGGUGCUGCUUUGCUUGUCGACCCUGGCCACGGUGACGCUUCCGCAUCUGACGGGUGGAAGAAACAUCUUCGUCUUCUCGGCCGUGCGCUUCGUGACUGGGCUGUUGUUUGCCACCGGCCCCGUGGGGAACCUCUACCAUGUGCAGGACUGCUUGCCGCCCUGCCGCCGCAAUCAAGCGAUGGCCUUCAUCAAUACUGCUUACUCGAUUAUGGCAGUGCUUAUGGCCACCAGUUGUGGCAUGUUUCAGUUCCUUGACUGGCGGCUAGAUGCUUUGCUGUGGUGUGGCUUGCCUCCCUUCUUGGCAUUCUUCAUUGCUUUCAAGAAGCCGACGGAGUUGUUACAGUCCAUUCCUGACACCAUCCAAUCCAGGACGAACUGCAACAGCAGCAGACCAGGUGAGACUGACAAAAUGAGUCCAUCCGUCUUACAAGCGGCUCUGAAAUUGGCCGUUUGCUUCUUGGCUUGCGGUGUCGGGUCCUAUGGUUUAAGCUACUCAGCAGGGAAGCUUUCAGAGAGCCUCUACACCAACUCAGUGCUACUCAACAGCGCAGACAUCCUCGGCUACAUUGCCGUGCUGGGCGCGGAUUCUGUGGGUCGCAAAACCUUCCAGGCUGGGAGCUACUUGUUGGCUGGAGUCAGUUUGCUCCUUUGUGCCAUCUUGCAGCCUGGCAGUUGGACCAUCAUCGCUUGUGCCAUGGCGGGUCGGAUCUGCCUGAACGUAGCCUUCACCACGAUCUAUGUCGCCUUGGCCGAGAUCUUUCCCGAGACCAGCCAGAAGAGCGUGCUGCCCAUGUGUCAGAUCGCCGCCAGGCUGGGCGGCGUCUUGGCCCCGCUGAGCGGCACGCUGCCGGCGGCCCUGUCGUGCCCCGCCUUCGGCGCCGCCUGCGUGGUUGCGGCCAUGGCCACUCUGAGCCUUCCGGAGAAGUUGGAGGACACCUGA